AUGACCUGCUGUGGUUGUUCAGGAGGCUGUGGCUCCAGCAGUGGGGGCUGUGGCUCUGGCUGUGGAGGCUGUGGCUCCAGCUGUUGCAAGCCUGUGUGCUUUUGUGUUCCUGUCUGUUCCUGCUCCAGCUGUGGAGGCUGUGGCUCCAGCUGUGGUGACUGUGGCAGCUGUGGGGGCUGUGGCUCCAGCUGUGGGGGCUGUGGCUCCAGCUGCUGCAAGCCUGUGUGCUGCUGUGUUCCUGUCUGUUCCUGCUCCAGCUGUGGAGGCUGCAAACCCUGCUGCUGCCAGUCCAGCUGCUGCAAACCCUGCUGCACUUCAGGCUGUGGGUCUUCCUGCUGUCAGUCCAGCUGCUGCAAGCCCUGCUGCUGCCAGUCCAGCUGCUGCAAGCCCUGUUGCUCUUCAGGCUGUGGGUCUUCCUGCUGUCAGUCCAGCUGCUGUAAGCCCUGCUGCUGUCAGUCCAGCUGCUGUAAGCCCUGCUGCUGUCAGUCCAGCUGCUGCAAGCCCUGCUGCUGUCAGUCUAGCUGCUGCAAGCCCUGUUGCUCUUCAGGCUCUGGGUCUUCCUGCUGUCAGUCUAGCUGCUGCAAGCCCUGCUGCUGUCAGUCUAGCUGCUGCAAGCCCUGCUGCUGCUGUGGGUCUUCCUGCUGUCAGUCCAGCUGCUGCAAGCCCUGCUGCUGUCAGUCUAGCUGCUGCAAGCCCUGCUGCUGUCAGUCCAGCUGCUGCAAACCCUGCUGUUCAUCAGGCUGUGGGUCUUCCUGCUGUCAGGACAACUGCUGA